AUGACAGCAUCGCUCCCCGAAUCUAAUGCCCGGGUUCGUACCCGCACCGGCUGUCUACAGUGUCGCCAACGCAGAAAGAAGUGCGAUGAGCAUCGACCAAGAUGCCGUCGAUGCACUGACAAUGACGCCACAUGCACAUGGCCUACGAGGAUGAAUCAGCCCGUCGAUGGCCGACGACGUGAAGCCCGGCAAUGGAAGAGCCAGCCUUCGACCGUAGCUGACGAACAUCAGGGGUUAUACGUCCAUUUCGCCACGGCUGUGAUGCCACGGCUGGUUCGGCCCCAGUGCCCGUCUGAGUAUAUUGAUCAAUCGUACAUGCUGCAUUUGGCCCAUGAAUUUUCUCCAUUGAUGGCGAUCAUGCUGGCCAUCGCAGCGCUUGAUCUCGGCAGGGAAACGCUGGUGAUGGAUCGCUACCUCUAUUCGCUCCACAGUUUGCAGGAGCACCUGGCUGAUGCAACCGAUGCGGGUAACGAAGACGGUAUUUUGGCUACAACUAUUCUUCUAUGCGUAUUCGAAAAUCUCCGAUCAGAUGCACCUCCAAGUAUCGGGCUGCAUGCGAAGGCAGCCGGCGUGUUGCUUUCUCGGCGACAUCAGGGGAAAGCCACAAAAUCUUUGUUCGAACCCGAUGCCGUCUUUGAACGCACAUGUGCCGAGUCUUUUCUGUACCACAGCACGCUCAUGAUGCUAUUGGAUCCUUCUCUGGACCUAGCCGCUGGGAACAUUCCUCAUUGUUUAACCAAGGCACAGGCCGAUACGCUACAAGAUGUUCCGCCGUUUAUCCUGGAAGAAUCCUACCAGUUCUUCAUCAUGAUCGCAGAAGUGACCCGCCUCGCCAGGUUAUCACGACCGUUGUUUUCAGUUGAGCGGCAAACUUGGACACGUCUUCAGGCCGAACUAUUGCAAUACCAACGUGUCGGCGCUAUGGACGACCUUAUGAAGAGUCUUUACGUACAUACUGCACAAAUCCUCUUGUUGAAAGUCGAUUAUACGCGAACAGUCAUACAGCGAACCACCGAGAUAAGGGCUCUCUUUCAAAAAGGAAUGUCUACUUUGGAGACUUUGGAUGUUCAGAAAUAUCUACUAAGCUACUCGCUGUGGCCCGUGGCUAUUCUCGGCACGACUGCAUUGUCUGAAGAUGAGCAGUGCAUGAUCGACAAUAUUAUUGACCCAUGGGCUCGAAGGGGACGUGGACAAGCUGUGCGAUUAAGAGGUCGGCUGAAGACCAUCUGGGCGACGCCAAAGGACAACCAAGAGACUCUUCUACUACAAAGGCUGCAUUUAUUGAUGGGAACAGGUUGA